AUGAACAGAAUAUUCGGAGCCUCACGCACAAAGGCACCCAAACCCUCCAUCACAGACGCAAUCCAAGCAACAGACUCCCGCAUCGACUCAAUCGAGGUAAAAAUCCGCAAACUCGACUCCGAACUCUCCGUCCUCCGCGACCGCAUGUCCCGCCUCCGCGACGGCCCAGGCAAGAACUCGCUGAAACAAAAAGCCAUCAAAGUCCUGCGUCAGAAAAAGCUGUAUGAGAGUCAGUUGGAUACCUUGCAGCAACAGACGUUUAAUAUGGAGCAAACGGCGUUGACGACGGAGAAUUUGAGGAAUAUGAUGGUUAGUGUUGACGCUAUGCAAACUGCCAACAAAGAAAUGAAACGGCAGUAUAAAUCGUUCAAUAUUGAUAAGAUUGAGCGGAUACAUGAUGAGAUGGCCGAUUUGCUCGAACAAUCGAAUGAGCUACAGAGUAUCAUGGGACGGUCAUAUGAUUUGCAGGAGGAUAUUGACGAGGAUGAGUUGGAUGCGGAACUGGAGGCGCUUGGGGAUGAGCUCGGGGAGGAGGAGGUGGGGGUUGGUGGUAUUCCAAGUUACCUCAGGGACGAAUGCGUACCAGACUUCGUGGAUGAUGCACCGCUGGAUAACGGGCCGACGAAGAUUGGUGAAGCUGCGGCGUGAGAAGGUGCUCGCAAUGGUGCUGGAUGCUGGAUUUGCGUUUUGCGGGCGUGAUGAGUGGAAGGGGGAGUCUUGGAAAGCAACGUUAACAUCACGUGACGCUAUCUUGGCUCGGUGAAAGUGCGCACCGGCCUCCUCCCACAACCGAGGUUGCACGGCAUAAGAGUGAAAUGUACGAUUACUUAGGAUACGGUACGAGUAUUGGCGUUAUUGGAUUCUCAUUCCCU